UUGGCGCGGUUUGGAGGCGCCGUCGGUUGGGAGCGCGGAGCAGCGGUUUAAACGCCCGUGAGCGCCGGUCCCGAGUUCGCGACAUGCCUCCCAAGCACUCGAAGAAAGUUGCCGUGUCCGGCUCUGAGGAAGGCGGCUCUCCGGCCAGACAGAAAAGUGCAGAAUUUCUGUUAUUAUGUCAAAGUCUUAAGAUUGAUGGCAGUGUGAACGAGAGAGCUUGGACAAUUUGGGAGUCAUUGCCAGCACUUUUGGUUGAUGGCAUCGCAUUAGAAAAUAGGAGAAAAUAUUGGGGAAUUUGCAUUUUCAUCGCAGCAGUUGAUUUGAAUGUUGUUUCCUUCACUCUGACGGAGUUGCAGAAAACUUUGGAUAUGAAUAUAACAGAGUUUUUGGAGUUACUGAAACAAAUGGAUGUGAACUUGGACACCGUAAGCACUAAAGUAAAUUUAUUGGUGUCACGACUAGUAAAGAAGUUCCAUGUCUUCACUGCACUCUUUGAAAAAUUUAAGAGGAUAUGUGAAAAGAUAUUUGAAGAAACACCAUGUAACCAGGCACCAUCAGAAGCAAAUAAACCAGUGGUGAAAAUCUGUUGGAUCACAUUUCUUCUAGCAAAAGGAAAACUGCUACAGAUGGAAGAUGACCUUGUGCUCUCUUUCCAGUUGUUACUGUGUGUCUUGGAGUACUUUAUUAAGAUCUCACCUGCUGAAUCAAUUAAGGAACCUUAUAGAGCUGGGAUGAAUAGUAUAAUUUCCAGUAGUUCAUCACAAGCUUCAAGACGAAGUCACAACAGAUCAAUACAGGCAAACAAUUCCACUGAGGUAGACUCCAAAGUCCUGGAGAUACUUUGCCGUGAAAAUGAAUGCAAUGCGGAUGAAGUGAAGAAUAUUUAUUUGAAGAGCUUUCUUCCUUUUUUGAAUAACAUUAAAAUAUCUUCUUGUACUGAAUUCCCUGAGCUUGAUCCACUUUCAAGACAAUAUGAAGAGCUGUACUUGCAGAAUAAAGAUUUUGAUGGAAGAUUAUUUCUUGAGUAUGACAGAACUCUGCAGAUGGACCCAGAAGAAAGAUGCAAUUGUGAAAGAACUCCAAGGAAGCCUCAUACUGAAGAUGGUCAUCCAGUUCUUCCUCCACAGACACCUGUUAGGGCUGCUAUGAACACCAUACAGCAGUUACAAAUGAUACUAAAUACAGCUGACGACAAACCUUCAGAUACUCUUAAAGGAUAUUUUAAUAAUUGUACGAUAAAUCCCACCAUCAACAUUACUAAAAGAGUGGAGAAUUUCGGUCAGAGGUUUCAGGAGAAUUUUGCUCGGACUGUGGGAGAAGGAUGGGCAGAGAUUGGAUCACAGAGAUAUAAACUUGGUGUACGGUUGUACUACAGGGUUAUGGAAUCCAUGUUGAAAUCGGAAGAAAAGCGACUUUCUGUUCAAAAUUUUAGCAAGUUGUUAAAUGAUGCUACUUUUCAUGGAUCCCUUCUUGCCUGUGCUGUAGAAGUUGUUAUGACCACGUAUGGAGCUACCUGGAACAUGUCAUUGAAGAGCAACAUUCAAGCAGAGACUGAUCUCUCUUUUCCCUGGAUCCUUCGAGUAUUUGAUAUAAAGGCUUAUGAAUUUUACAAGGUUAUUGAGAGCUUCAUUAAAGCAGAACCCAAUCUAACGCGAGAAAUGAUCAAGCAUGUGGAAAGGUGUGAACACAGGAUCAUGGAAUCUAUUGCUUGGCAGUCAAAUUCACCUUUGUUUGACAUCCUCAAGCAACAAAAAGAACAGGAAGAUCAACCAGAUCAGCUCGAACCUACCAGUACGCUCAAACAGCCACUCCAGCACAGCCACACUGCUGCAGAUCUUUACCUUUCCCCUGUCAGAUCACCGUGGAAGAAAGGGUCUUGUACAGUGCACACAGUUCCCACGCAACACACAAAAGCUGAGACACCAUCGUCUGUGCAAUCUCAGUCCCAGUCCCAACCUCAGCAGAAGCCUCAGAAAUCUACCUCACUCUCUCUCUUUUACAAAAAAGUGUACCGACUGGCAUAUCUUCGAUUGAACAUGCUUUGCAAUCAUCUCCAUCUACCAUCAGAGCAUCCUCAGCUGGAAGCUAUUAUAUGGACGUUGUUUCAGCACGCAUUAGCAAAUGAGCAUGAACUUAUGAAAGACAGACAUUUAGAUCAGAUAAUGAUGUGUUCCAUGUAUGCCAUUUGCAAGGUGAAGAACAUAGACCUUAGGUUCAAGACUAUUGUUACUGCUUAUAAGGACUUGCCAAACACAAAUCAAGAGACCUUCAAACAUGUGUUGAUCAAAGAAGGGCAGUAUGAUUCCAUCAUAGGCUUCUACAACCUGGUGUUCAUACAGAGGCUGAAAACCAAUAUUUUACAAUAUGCUUCAACCCGUCCACCAACGCUCUCCCCAAUUCCUCAUGUUCCUCGAAGUUCAUUUGGUUUUCCAACUUCUCCAUUGCGUGUACCUGGUGGGAACAACAUUUAUGUCUCUCCACUGAAGAGUCCAUAUAAAACUGACGGAUUGCUGUCCCCUACAAAAAUGACGCCAAGAACACGAAUCUUGGUGUCUAUUGGGGAACCAUUUGGGACACCAGAAAAAUUCCAGAAAAUCAACCAGCUGGUCAGUUGCAGCGAUCGGCACCUGAAGCGGGCUGGGGACAUGGGGAGUGUGCCAAAGCCACUAAAAAGGCUUCGCUUUGAUAUGGAUGAACAGGAUGAAGCUGAUGGCAGCAAACACUUGUCUGGGGAAUCGAAAUUACUGCAGCAGAUUGCUGAAAUGACAUCUACAAGAAAUAAAAUACAAGAGCAGAAAAUGAAAGAUGGAGACAGUGACAUGAAGAGGGAAGAAAACUGAUGCUUCGUCUCAUUCAGGAUGGUAUUCACACUGCACCAGUACGAUCCACGGCAGCAGAAUCUUCAUUUUUUUUUGGUUAUAGCUGAUAUUUUUCCCUUCCCUGUCUCAAUGUGUUUUAGCAAAGGAAUAUUUCCUUUUGGAAAAUCCAGUUAGACAAAAUUCUUAAGUUAUUUUGGAGUUGUUUCCCCUAACACUAUGCCUUAAGGGUCAUAUUUUCCUGAGAGUGUGAAGAGCAGUAAAAUGUAUAAGUAACAGAGGAGGACUGACGAAAGUAUUGAUUGUAUUUUAACACUGAGCAGGUCAAAAAUGACACUGGGAGUAAUCAAAAUUCUACAGCAAUGAACAUGAGAUGUUGUCAUAUCAGACCUCCUCAAAUUAUUUAUCUGGCCCUCAUUAACCUCCAAAUGUAUUGCAGCUUCAGACCCAAUCCUUGUUUCCUUACUCUGGCAUAGGUGUUCAUGGAUACCUCAGUUAACAGUAGAACUCCAUGGCAUAAAAAAGGUUGGGAACCCUGCUGUGAGAUGUCAAUGCAAGUUGUAUUAGUGUGCUUCUUUCUUGUUACCUUAAUAUGUCUCAAAAUGCAGUUUUUAAAAUUUAACAUUAUAUAACAACUACCCAAUUUAAAUCUAUAUAUGUCUUUGAUUUACUUAUGAAGAGAACAUUACUCUGAUGUUUGCUUGAGGAACUUUUCAUUGCAUUAUGUCCCCACCAGGUUCUAUAGCUGGUUAAAUUUGUAAUGGUUGGCAACACUUUUUUAAUCUGCUGUAAAUCUGCUGAUCUGUUUGAAAAUUUUUGCAUUCCUGUGAGUCUGCUGAUCAGGACAAUGGGUCCUCAUUGGUCAAACACAAUUCCAUCUACUUUCAUCAUGCUCUUUUUUUUAUAUAUAAAAUAGAUUUACAUACUCUGUAGUUAAAAACAAGCAAUAUUUGUCAUCUCAAUUGCCAUUUGGCUGUGGAAAAAAUGGGGGGCCCUUUAUUUUGUUCAAAAUGGCCACUUAAGUUCCAGGAACUAUUUUACAUAUAAUCAUCUGCACACCUACUAUUUUUUCUCUGGGUCUAAAAAACAAUGAAAUAAAGACAAUUAACUUUAUUCAUGAAAGAGGAAAAUGUGGCCUUAAGUAUGUAGUAUGUACUCAGAAUGUGCACUGUUUCAAUUUUAUUGAUGUUUUUAUUUAUGUCUAAGAUUUUACUUUUUACAAACUAAAACAAGUUUAUCUUUAGUUGAAUUGCCUUCAUGUUGUUAGUAAAUGUACCUAUCAAAACUUGGUUCUUGUACUGAGGCAAAUACUUUAUGUUUGCAAUGGGAAGAGAAAGAAAGAGUUUGCACUUCAAUGAUGCCUUUAACAACCUCAGGACAUCUUUACAGCUGCAGUACUUCAAGUAUAGUUGUAAUGCAAAAAAUGUGACUGUCAAUUUACAAACACCAGAAUCCUAAAAAAUACAGUGAAAUAAAUGACUGGAUCAUCAAAUACAGCAGAUGCUGGAAAUCUGAAAUAAAAUAAAAUAUCUGGAAACAUUCAGUAAGCCAGGGAGCAUCAAUGGAAAGAGAAAGUUAACUUGCUUCUAUAUAUCAGCUAUACAGUACAUAGGCUUCAGAACUGAAGUGUACACCAUUCAAAGAAAGUAUUAAAAGUUUAAGAUUUGAUUAAUAUAUUGCAAAAUAAUUCACACUGUGCUAAUAAUAAAUGUUUGUACCAUUCUCUCUAGAAUUCCUAUCAAUUUAGAUGGCUUUAUCAUGGCAAAAGCUAACUGUGAAUACUUGUUCUUUUCUGUAGCAGACAAGUUACAUUGAUAAUGAAUUGAUAAAGGGACUUUGAUAUGGUAUACCUUUCUGAAGAAGGACCUUGAACCUAAAACAUUAACUUUGUUUCUUUUUCCAAAGAUGCUGCUUGACCAGCUGAGUAUUUUCCAGCAUUUCUUUUGAUUCUAUUAAAUAAUCAGAUCAUCUAUUUGGAUGUUGGAUGAGGAAUUAUUGCUGGCCAGGACAUGGGGGAGCUCCUUGAUCAUCAUUAGAUAACGCUUCAAGAUAUUUUAUAUAUAUCUGAGAGGGUAGAUAAGUCCUCAUUUUCACACAUCACCCAAAAGGACAACAUUUUCUGGCAUUUCCUCCUCUAUAUUUCAUACUAAAUGUUCAUUUCUAUUUGAAGUUUGAACCUACAGAGGCAAAAGUUAUUGUACUGGGUUAAUGCUGCUAAAAGUACAAUGUAAUUUGACAAAGUUCCCCUUGCUUUUGCAAUGAAACAGUACUGGAUUUCAUCUUUUCAGAAUUUUAAACUGAUACACUAGUUAAUUUUUCAAAGAUUAGACACUAAGACCAAGGAGCAGAAUUAGGCUAUUCAGCUGAUCGAGUCUGCUCCACCAUUCCAUCAUGGCUGAUUUAUUAGCCCUCUCAAUCCCAUUCUUCUGCCUUCUCCCUGUAACCUUUGACACUUGACUAAUGCAGAACCCAUCAACCACUGCCUUAAAUAUACCCAAUGACUUGGCCUGCACGGUCGUCUGUGGCAAAGAAUUCCACAGAUUCAGUACCCUCUGGCUAAAGAAAUUUUUCCUCAUCUUUGUUCUAAAUGGAUGCCCCUCAAUUCUGAAGCUAUGCCCUCUUUUCAAAGACUCCCCCAUUACAGGAAACAUACUCUCCACAUCAACACACACAAAAUGCUGGAGAAACUCAGCAAGUCGGGCAGCAUCUAUGAAAAUGAACAUAAAGUCAAUGUUUUGAGCAGAGACCCUUCUUCAGGACUGAGAAAGAUGGGGGAAGAUGCCAGAAUAAAAAGGUGGAAGGAGGGAAGGAGGUUAACUGGAGAGUGAUGGGUGAAACCAGGUGAGUGGAAAUUUCAAGGACUGGAGAAGAAAGAAUCUGUUGGAAGAGAGUGGACUAUAGAAUAAAGGGAAGGAGGAGGGGACCCAGGGUGAAGUAAUGGGCAGGUGAGAAGAGGUGAAAAGUCAGAGUGGGGAUUAAAGGAAGAGGGGAUGAAUUUUUUUUCCAGAAGGAGAAAUUGAUAUGCAUAGCAUCAGGUAUCUAUCCAGAUGAAAAUAUAAAGUGUUGCUUCUUCACCCUGAGGGUGACUUCAUCUUGGCAUGGGAGGAGGCCAUAGACCGAUGUCAGAACGGGACAUGGCUUCUCCGCAUCCACUCUAUCCAGACCUUUCAAUAUUCAAUAGGUUUCAAGGAGAUCUCCCCUCAUUCCGCUAAAUUCCAGUGAGUACAGUCUCAGUCAUCAAACACUCCUCAUAUGUUAACCCUUUCAUUCCUGGGAUCAUUCUCGUAAACCUCCUCCGCACUCUCUCCAAUGCCAACGCAUCCUUUCCCAGGUAGGGGCCCAAAACGGCUCUCAAUACUCCCAAGUGCAGGCUAACCAAUAUAAAACCCUCAGCAUUGCAUUUGCCUUUCUCACCACCAAAUCAACCUGCAAAUUAACCUUCAGAGAAUCCUGUCCAAGGAUUCCAAGUCUCUUUGCACUUCUGAUUAUUGAAUUCCCUCCCUACUCAGAAAAUACUCCACACCUUUAUUUCUUCUAGCAAAAUAUUUGACCAUGCACUUCCCUACAUUAUAUUCUAUAUGCCACAUCUUUAUCCAUUCCCCCAAUCUGUCUAAAUCCUUCUGCAGACACCCUGCUUCAACAGUAGCUGCUCUUCCACCUAUCUUCAUAUCAUCCACAAACCUGGCCACAAAGCCAUCAUUACGUUAAUUCAAAACAUUCAUAGAGAACAUGGAAAGAAGCAGUCCCAUCACCAACUCCUGCAGCAGCCAACCAGAAAAGGCCCCCUCUGUUCCCACAUUUUGCCUCCUGCCAAUCAGCCAAUCUUCAAUCCAUUCAAGUACCUUUCCCAUACCAUGGGCUCUUAUUUUGUAAAGCAGCUGUAUGUGCAGCACUUAGUCUUCACUUUCACUUCAGCCUUCUGAAAAGAAGGAAGAUUUCCUCGUAGGAAAUCAUGCUGACUCAGGCUUAUUUUAUCAUAUGCCUCCAAGUACCCCAAAGUUGCAUCCUUAAUAACACUCCAGCAUCUUUCCAACCAUUGAAGUCAGGCUAACUGACAUAUAAUUUCCUUUUUUCUGCCUUCAUCCCUUCUUAUGAGUGGAACGGCAUUUGCAAUUUUCCAUUCCUCAGGUGAGGUGAAAUGAGGGUCUCCUUCAGUCAGAGUUGACUAUGGAUGUUGUAUCCUGGCUGUCUAGAUAUGCAAGCCUGGGCAGUAUGAUAUGGCGAGCAAGCUCCCACUCUCCACACAUCUGAUGAACCCAAAUAAUGGCAGAGACCAAAACAGUUUGUUACCAGUCCUCAGGAACCAUUAAAGCAUUCAGUGAUUCUUGAAAGAUCAUGGUAGUGUCUCCACAAUCUCUUCAGCUACCUCUUCUAGACCCCUGGAAUGUAGUCCAUCUUGUCCAGGUGACUUAUCUUCAGGCUUUUCAGCUUCCCAAGUAGUUUCUCAGCAAAGACUGACACAAAACACUUCCCAUUUCUUUGUCCCCCAUUACUAGCUCUCCAGUGUCAUUUUCCGGUGGUCUAAUAUCCACUCUUUUACCCCUUAUAUAUUUGAAAAAAACUUUAUAUCCUCUUAUUUCAACUUUUUCUCUUUUAUAGCUUACUUAGCUGCCUUCUGUUGUUUUUAGAAGCUUCCAAAUCCUUUUCCUUCUCACUAAAUUUUGCUAUAUUAUAUGCUUUUGCUUUUAUGCUGUCUUUCAUUUCCCCUGUCAGCUACAGUUGCCUCCUGCUCCCUUUAGAAUACUUCUUUAUCUUUGGAAUAUAUCUUUCAAGUGCUUUCUGAAAUUCCCCCAGAAACACCAACCAUUGCUGUUCUGCCAUCAUCCCUGCUAGUGGCCUCUUCCAAUCAACUUUGGCUCGUUCCUCUCACAUGCAUCUGUAAUUAUCCUUACUCCACUGUAAAGCUGACACAUCUGAUUUUAUCUUCUCCCUCUCAAACUGCAGGGUGAAUUCUAUCAUAUGAUCACUGCCUCCUAAGGGUUCCUUAUCUUAAGCUCUCUAAUCAAAUCUGGGUCAUUACAUAACACUCAAUCCAGAAUUGCCAUUCCUCUACUUGGCUCAACCACAAACUGCUCUAAAAAUAUCUCGUAUGCCUUUUACAAAUUCCUUCUCUCAAGAUCCAGCAACCAGAUUUCCCCAAUCCACCUGCAUACUGAAAUCCACCCCCCCCCCCAAUGAUUAUUACAAAAUUGCCUUUGUUAUGUCUUUUCUAGCUCCUGUUGUAAUUUGUGGCCUACAUCCUGGCUACUGUUCGGAUGCCUGUGUAUAACUCCCAUCAGGGUUUGUACCCUUGGCAGUUUGCUAACUCUGCCCACUAGGAUUCUACAUCUUCCAAUAUGUGCAACAGCAUUAUAUAUAAAGCCAUGAAUAUUAAGCCACUGCUCAGCACUGGCUUACACUCUUAAGUAUACGUGACAUAACCUUCAGAACUGGACUACUAAACCAAAACGUUGAAGGUUUCUUAAGUUUUGAUGAACAUAUUACUAAUCUAUGCUGUGGUACCAGAAAAUACUUGUACUUUUCUCCUUGGAAGUAGUAUUCUGUAGUGAUUUGCUUUGUGUUUGUAACAGCUUACUGUGAGAACUUAAUAUUCUUGUCUAUAAUGGCUUGACAAGUUCUAUACCAUAGACAUGGGAAUGACUAGUUAUUCUAAAUGGUUAACUAUAACCUCCUUCCUUCUCAAUGAACAGUUGACAUCUUUCAGUUUUUCUGAUUAAUAGCAUACAGAAGUCUGUACUCUUUUUUUCAGCGAGAUAUCUAUUUGUACUGCACAUUAUAGACUGAGGUACUGUUUUUAUAAAUAUAGUGAAUAAAAUGUCUGUAUGA